AAAAUAAACCGAUAUCGAUGCAUCAGGACAGCUACCACUAUCCUCUCUUUUGUAAGGAGAGUAUUGCUCAAUAUUUUGACGGGCUCGCCCAUAGCCUCCUCGUCACUCGUCAGGUCUCGGUGGCUGGCAUAGUACACCAGUACACUUCACCCCAAACCGGAUCUGGGGAUGAGAUUGGGCAAGAAAGCGCUUAAAAAGCGGACGAGGACGAUCUCUGAUGAUAUACUCAAUAAAAUAGACUCAGUGGUUGAGGUUGCUUCAUUAUCUUUCCAGAUCAUGAGGGUGUUCACGUUAUCACUGGUUAUGUUGUGCCUGACGGCACAAAUGACUCAGGGUCAGCAAGGCGGAGGGAUAUUGGCUGGCCUACGAAAUUUCUUCAGACCUCGUCGUCAGCAACCUCAAUUUAGACCUCCACAAAAUUUCAACCCACCCCAAGGGCAGGAUCAAGGCCAAAGAUUUGUUCCUCAACAACAGAACUUCCAAGCCCAACAAACCUUUCAACCGCAACAAAAUUUCCAACCCCAACAGGGCUUCCAGUCUCAGUCUCAGCAGACUUUCCAACCCCAACAAACCUUCAAUCCCGGCCCUCAAGCUUUUUCCUCGAACAACCAACAAUCUUGGUCAGCCUUGUUUCCCAACAAUCGGUUCGUGUGCUCCAAGGACCCGGCUGAUUCUAACAUUCCGAGCACAGGAUGUCGUCCUCCAGGCGAGAAUCCCAAUGACCGAGAGUCGCCCCGUUGUCCUAAUGCCUCUCCUAACCAGAUCCAUAGCUUCGACGGAAAACGGGUCAUUUACACCUGGGAGAUUGCCGGCAAUUGUGAGAAGUUCACGGCGAUUCAAGCCGACAAUUACUGCAAAGCCCAAGGUGGACGUGCCGCGUCUUUGGAUACUCCCGAGCGGGCCAAGUUCUUCAUGGAUAAACUUUUGGGUCGUCGAUACAUGUGGACCGGAGGUCGUAUCGUUCAUCAAUGUAAGACCGUCUUCUGGCCUUCUGGCAAAACCACCCAAUGGACCAACACUGGAGUCGCACCUUGGUCUUACACCGGAGGGUGGGAAAUUGCACCCAAUUGCACCCGUGGCCAACCAGAUAAUCGCAAUGCUCUCCGAGAUCAAUCCGACCCCGAAGUAUGCUUGGGCGUUCUCAACAAUUUCUAUGUGGACGGGAUUGUGUGGCACGAUGUGGCUUGCCAUCACAAGAAGCCCACCAUUUGCGAACUCCCUUAAGGCGCUCCUGGCAUAGAGGUCAACUCGUGCAUGGUUGAUUAUUUAUUUAAGAGAGCCCACAGCUCCGAAACCUCCACUACCACAACUAUUAAUUCUCAUUUUGAAAUUUUCCUUCGAUUGAUUCGAUAUCCAAUACAAAACGAUGAUUCUUCUUUCA